AGAAAGGUGAGGAAGAAGACAGUAAUAUCUGAGCUGUAAAUAAACACCGUGGAACUGCCCUGUUGUCACUUUCUCGCCCGAGACUCACAAACAGACAAGCGUUAAACAAACCGCGGUCUCUUCUACGGUGAACGUCUUUUGAGUGCAUUUUUUUUUUAUUCAUUUAUCUAACUUUUUUGUUGUUUUAUUGCUUUGACGGAAACUUGUUAAUGUUGUCAUCGAUAUUUUCCUCCGGGUACAAAUCUCGUAGGUCAUAAUCAAAGACAUGGGAUGUUGCUGCACGGACGUGUUCUGGGAUUGUACGUCGGUUUCUGAGGGGAAAUCCGCCUCCUGAACUACAACUGCUGCUCUUUUAUUGUUUGUUUUAUUGUUUAUUUUUUUACUUUGUUUUAAUUAUCAAUUUUCAUGGAGACUGUUGGGAAGUUUGAGUUCAGCAGGAAAGACCUAAUUGGCCACGGUGCCUUUGCGGUCGUUUUCAAGGGAAGACACAAAGAGAGACGUAAUUGUGAGGUUGCUGUGAAGUGUAUCAACAAGAAAAACUUGGCCAAAUCACACGUUCUUCUUGGCAAAGAAAUCAAAAUAUUGAAGGAACUCAAGCAUGAAAACAUUGUCAGUCUACUUGACUACCAGGAAAUGGGGGGAUGUGUGUAUCUUGUCAUGGAGUACUGCAAUGGAGGUGACCUGGCAGAGUACCUUCACUCCAAAGGCACGUUAAGUGAGGACACCAUCCGCGUGUUCCUGCAGCAGAUCGCUCAGGCCAUGAAGGUCCUGCGGAGCAAAGGGAUCCUCCACAGAGACCUCAAGCCCCAGAAUAUCUUGCUUUGUCACCCCGAGGGCCGCAGGUCCACUUCCGUCAACACCUACAUUAAGAUAGCUGACUUUGGGUUCGCACGUCAUCUCCAGACGGACACUAUGGCAGCCACGCUGUGUGGCUCUCCCAUGUACAUGGCUCCGGAGGUCAUCAUGUCCCAGACCUACGACGCUAAGGCUGAUCUGUGGAGCAUAGGCACCAUCGUGUACCAGUGUUUGACAGGGAAAGCACCAUUUCACGCUAGCACACCACAGGAGCUCCGUCUCUUCUAUGAAAGCAACAGGACCCUGUUACCCAAAGUCCCAAAGGAGACUUCUGGUCACCUCAGACACCUCCUGAUGGGACUGCUGCAGAGGAAUCCUCAAGAAAGGAUGAGCUUUGAUGAGUUUUUUCACCAUCCUUUCCUGGAGACGUGCUCAUCCACAAAGAAAUGCUCUCCAGUUCCCAUGUUCUCCUACCCAAGUUCAGGUUCAGGCAGUUCUUCCAGCAGCUCCUCUACGUCCCACCAGGUUUCACCACAACAUUCCGACGCAGAGAUCCAGCAACUCCGGCCCAAAGAACUUUACUCCCCGACGCAAAACACAGCUGGCUUCCUGGAGAAAGACACAGCCAAUCAAGAAUGUAGGAAAACAUCAUCUUACACAGAGGACUACGUCAUGGUUCCUGCCAAGUUUCCCAAUGAGUGCACCUGUGAUGUGGAUGUUGUGUCACCCAUUGAAAGUUGCCUGAUAUACAGCGGGUCCCCACCAGUAGCAGAACGAGAUCCCAGGCCAAUGGAAAAAACACUUCUGCCCUCUCCCCCUCCACACUCCCCCUCCAAGCCUGUCAGAGACCUGCACAGCAAGCCUGCUGGAUUUGGUGGCCGCUCUGUGCCCAUUCCUGUCCCCACACAGAUCCAAAACUACCAGCGUAUGGAAGAGAACCUGCAACCUGUCGGCUCGCACGGCUCCCCCAGGAUCACACUGUGCUGUGCAGGCACCAGGAGAGAAGACUCUCCACGGUGUGGAGGCUAUAAAGAAGCAGGUUCAGGGUUUAAUUCCCCAAGUUCGGCAGCAGGAGGAGCCCUGCUACAGCCAUGCUCCCCGCGAGUGGGAACUACCCCAACGAUCUCGGAGCAGAUUCUCCCUCUCAGUACAAGAACUGGCCUCAACAGCUCCCACAGUAUCCAGAACAGUGUCACCUCUGAGCAGGUUUAUUCAAGGAUGCCAAAACAGAUGAUGACAGUCCCAGACCUGCAGUCCUUUGACCCAUCUGCUGCUCCUCACACCAACCUCAGUAGCAAAUCUGCUGAUAAAAGGGGGCCUUUUAAAAGGUCUAGAGCACUGAGCACAGGCAUGUUGUCAGAAAUGCUGCUGAGGGCGGCCUUUGGAGCUGAAGAUGGGAGCGAUGAGAGCCUUCACAGUGAGAAAGGCAUGGAUAUAACAGCUCCACCUACUGGUUAUAACAGAGGCUUUCAGUACUCAAACAGCCCACCGCCUGCAGUCUUCAUUUCAGGUUGCCCAUCUGAAGGAAACACUCCUCCUGAUUCCAUGUUAAAAAGGAGGUCCUCAGAUUCUCCCAACUACUCUGCCUGGCUACAUAGAGGAAGGCGCAGAUGCAGUGAGACUGAAGUCAUGGAUGCCAGUCCACGCUGCCUGAUAAUUCACCCUCCAGAGCUCGCUGAAGACACGCUGAUGGAGGAGGCCCACACAGAUACCCUGAAUGACCUGCGUUUCACCUGGGGAUUUGUCCACUGUAUCAUGGAACUGGCAUCUUCUAAAGACCAGGGGCUGGAUGCCAUUAUCAGUCCUGAUGUUUCCUUUCUGGAGCAGAGCUUGGUGACAGAUCAGAUUAGCCUUCUAAGUAAAGAAUGGAGCUAUGCCGAGCAGUUAGUUUUGUACAUGAAGGCUGAGGAGUUUCUAUCGUCAGCACUGCACACCGCUAAAGAGAACAUUAAACAUGGUGAACUCGUUCCCUCUGCUACUGUGAAACAAGUGAUUAGGAAGCUGAAUGAAUUGUACAAGAGCUGUGUAACAUACUGUCGCUCCCUCAACAAUCGGCUGCAGACCUUCUUGCUUGACAAACAGAAGCUUAUGGACCACUUCACUGGGCUCACAGCAGAGAAGCUCAUCUAUAGCCACACUGUCCACAUGGUACAGGCUGCUGCUUUAGAUGAGAUGUUCCACUAUGGCACAGCAUCGAUCCAGCGCUACCAGAGAGCCCUUCUGUUAUUGGAGGGUCUUUCCCGAAUGAUGACUGAGCAAAAGGACAUAGACAGUGUACAUAAAUGUAAAGAGUGUAUUGAGCGCCGCCUCUCCUCUCUGCAGACUGAACAGUAUCCAUGAACUAUGCACUCUCAGCCACUGGAUUAACUUGCCUCAUCCACCUCCCCUUGACGUAGAUGAAUCCUCCCAGACUGUCUUUACACACAAGCACUUUGAUCCGUCUUCAGGGAAAUGACCACUGGAGCAUCUGCUCUUAUCCCAAAGUCCAGUCUGCAAUUUUACCUAAAUGCACAGAAAAGACUGGAAGUCCCGAUGUUUUUUUUUGAUUGUAUGAACUGAUUGUUUGAAUUCUUUGAUAAGGGAAAUUAGUCAUAGUAGAUUUUUUGUUACACAUUGUUAACCUCAGUUUGUUCUGUGUUUUGCACAUCAUAGAAUGAUCAGAUUAGCUGCUUUAAAUUGUGUUGUACUUGAAGUUUAAUGUGGUGGUGAAGUGGUUAACAAGGUUGCCUGACAGUCAGUGAGGCAGGGUACUCACUUCCUCUCACAGUCCAGAGACAUGCAGAUUAGCAGGUGAGACUGAAUGCAUGAGAUUGGGUCCCGUGGUGACCUAUCUAAGGUGCAGCACAACCUUUCAUCAAUGUCAGCUGGUAUUGGAUCCAGUCACCCUGCUACCCUGAACGGAUAAGCAAUGUGGAUGGAUGUACUUGAAACGAAGAUUGGUUUUUUUAUUAUCUUUUUUAAUUUUUUCUUGAAUCAUCUGCAUUAUUCGUUCACUAGCAAACAGGAGUCACAAUAUUCUGGAUGAGAUGACCAAAUCGUGUCAGUGUGUAGCAUUGUAUGGUAAAACUGUGCUUUUUGUACAUGUUUCAAUCAGAGUGUAAUAGUGAUUGUAAAGUAUAGGUGUCUUACAGUCACAUAGACAUUCAUCAUAGACUGAAAUACAUUUUAUGAAAACUGAAUCAAAUUUGCCCCCCCCCCCCCCUCAGAUCAUGAUGUUCUUAGUCA